AUGGCUAUACCUGUGGAAGAUGGCAGUUUACUGCAUGGUCCCACCACUUCUCACUCCUCACCACCAACUCGAGUCCCCUCAUCAUACAAACCUCUACCUACAUUUGCACUCUCCAAAGUAAAAAAUUAUCAGCAGCAAUAUGGUGAUAUGUAUUUUUUACGAUUAACUACUUUAAAGAAACCAGUUGAAGAAAUUGCUAGUGCGGCUUGGGAUGGGUUCCAAAUUUCUGGAGAGGAAGUGCGGAAAGUAGAGAGAGUGUUGGAUGUUAGACAGGGACAAUUAUGUUGGGUGGCUGGUACUAUUUAUAUGAAUAUGCCAUUGAAGCCGAAUAUUUUGGAAGAUAUAAGUAAAGAUCAUUGGAUAUCGGCACCACCACCUCGGGGGAAAUAUCUUUCCGGUAAUGGCGAUGACGAAAUUAUGCUCGAGGACGAAUCCGGAAGAUUACGAUUGAUUGGAGGACAACUAAGUAUGGAGUUACUUGUUACAGGUUGUAUAGUAGCAGUAAUGGGUACAGAAAACGCAAAUGGAGAUUUCGAAGUUGUGGAUAUCAAAGUUCCGGAUUUACCACCUCAGGAACCAAGGUGGGAGAUGUCAGGGGUGAAAGAAGAAGAGGAUAUAGAUAUGGAUACCGACAAAGCAGGACGCAAAAAAAUCGCUCUCAUAUCCGGUCUCUCUUUCUCCGGAACCAGUGCCGAAAAUUCUCUCGAAAAGUCCCUCUUGACCGAAUACCUCUUAGGCGAAAGUCUAGAUCCAUCCUCCCAAUCCGACGUCUCAAAAAUAAGUCGUCUAAUAAUAGCCGGUAACAGUAUUGCUUCGGAUCUCGAUAGCAUAGCUCAUGAUACUGUUGGCAAUACACGUAAAGCACAAAAGAAAUAUGGGUACGAUGCCAGCGCUUACAAUCCAGCUCCUACAGCGCAUUUUGAUAAUUUUCUCGCCGAGCUAUUACCAAGUUUACCAAUUACAUUAUUACCUGGAGCUAGUGAUCCGGCCAAUGCAAGUUUACCACAACAACCUAUUCAUCCGGCUAUGUUUCCUCAAGCGAGAGCGUAUUGUGGGAGUGCACCGAGUGUGAUUGGAGAGGAGAGGGAGGCGGGAUGGUUUGAUAUAGUGACGAAUCCAUGGGAGGGUGAAAUAGAGGGAUGGAGGGUAUUAGGUACGGCUGGACAAAAUGUAGAUGAUGUUUUUAAAUAUGUAGAAGGCGAAGAUCGAUUAAGUAUGAUGGAAGCAAUGUGUAGAUGGAGAUGUUGUGCACCUACUGCACCGGAUACUCUCUGUAAUCAACCCUCUUUCGAUACAGCUAGUAUCGAGGGUCCAAAUGGUCAAACUGUUAGAUUAAUAUCAAUACCGAGUUUUGAAGAGACGGGCGAAAUUGUACUGUUAGAUACUGAGACGUUGGAAGCGGAGGUGGUGAGGAUUAUGGUUGAGUGA